AUGUGAUUGGCUUCGUACUCCUAAUACUGUAGUAACGUAUUUUACUAGAAGUCUCCCGUUUUUAAAAGAGUUCUUUCGCGUGCAUUUAGGCAAGAUAAACACAAUAGAGAUUUUCUUCGAGGAUCACGCUGACGACGCAAGGGAGUCUACUCCCAGACUGAGAGCUCUUCAUUGAAGAGAGAAGGAUGGGUGCUUGUGUGUUUGGGUGGAUGCUGUGUUUAUGUGUGUUUGUAAAAGUCGAAAGUAUGCAAAUUGUAGACCUCAGAGGUUUGUGGAACGUAUCAAAUACAAAACAUGGGAUUUCAGUACCAGGUCAAGUGCCAGGUAGCAUGUACACAGCUCUGUUGGACAAUAAAGUGAUAGAGGAUCCUCUGUACAGGGACAACGAUGUGAAACUAGCAUGGAUUGGAAAUGAGAACUGGACCUACACCAGAUACUUUAAUGUGGACAACUCUGUGUGGAGUUCUCAGUCCAUCUUGCUUGUGGCAGAAGGUUUGGACACCAUUGCCACUGUUUACAUCAAUGAGAUAAAGAUAGGAAGAUCUGAAAACAUGUUUGUUAGGAAUACCUUUGAUGUGAAAUCAGCUGUUAAGCCUGGAAAUAAUUCUAUUAAAGUUGUCUUUGAGUCAGCUGUGGGCUUCGCUGCAAAACAAGCUCAGAAAAUCCCAUACACCAUUCCCCCAGAAUGCCCAUCUCAGGUACAAAAUGGCCAGUGUCAUGUCAACCUGAUACGCAAAGAGCAGUGUUCAUUCUCAUGGGAUUGGGGACCAUCAUUCCCAACACAAGGUAUCUGGAAGCCAAUCUAUUUGGUCGCCUUCAAUUCAGCAGUUAUUGAAGAUGCUACUGUGGAUGCAUUUCAGGAUGGAAAUAGCUGGAAUAUGGAUGUUCAUGUGUUUUUCAAUGUGGUGACAAGUGGCACUGUCACUGGUCAGCUGGAUAUACGCUUGAAUGACACGAAUGUUCUUGUAUCCAAGAAUGUGACUCUUUCACCAUCAAGCAAUGAUACCAGCAUCACUGUCAGCAUUCCACAAAGUGUAGGAAUCAAGCGAUGGUGGCCUAAUGGCUAUGGAAACCAGAGUCUGUAUGAUGUGCUCAUCACUUUCACUGCAGAUGUCACCAAAGAAGUCUCUUCUGUUCAGCGUAGGAUAGGAUUCCGCACCAUUGAGUUAAUACAAAAGAAUGUCUCUAGUGACCCAAAUCACGGUCUUACGUUUUUUGUUCGGGUCAAUGGAAUCCCCAUCUUUCUCAAGGGCUCUAACUGGAUCCCAGCAGACAGUUUUCAGGAGCGCAUCACUAAGGAGAGAUUGCGACUGCUGUUGCAGUCAGCUGCAGAUGCUCACAUGAACUCCAUGAGGGUGUGGGGUGGAGGGGUGUUUGAAUCUGAAGAUUUUUAUGAUCUGGCUGAUGAGCUUGGAAUCUUGAUCUGGCAAGACAUGAUGUUUUCUGUGGCCAUGUAUCCUACUACAUCUGACUUCCUCAACUCUGUCACACAGGAACUCAGAUAUCAGAUAAGGAGACUGAUGCACAGACCCUCCAUUCUCUUGUGGGCUGGAAGUAAUGAAAAUGAAAAGGCUUUAAGGCAAAACUGGUUUGGAACCAGUUCUAACUACACCUUAUACUACAAUGAUUUCAUUACCCUCUAUGUUAAAACGGUGAUGGCAGUAGUUCAGCAGGAAAAUCCACGGCGGCAGUACCUGUCGUCCAGUCCCAGUAAUGGCCUGGACUCAGAGAGAGAAGGUUUUGUAGCCCAAGACCCUGAUAGUGAGCUGUAUGGUGACAUUCAUUUUUACGACUACCUGAUGAACCAGUGGAAGCCUGACAAUUUCCGCAUUCCACGGAUGGCCACAGAAUAUGGAAUCCAGGCAUGGUGUAAUGUCAGAACUCUUCAGGACGUCUUUGAGGAGGCAGACAUGAGCUAUUGCUCUGCACAGGCUGACCACAGACAACACCAUCGUGGGGGCUCAGUAGAAAUGUCUGCAGAAAUACUACUACAUUUGGAUCUUCCUAAGCAAGGUGAUCAACAGCAAUACUUCAGAAAUUAUAUUUAUCUCACUCAGAUUAACCAGGCAAUGUCUAUAAAGACACAAUCAGAACACUACCGGCGGUAUCAGAGUAAGCUGCUCCCAGAUGGGCGCGGCCUCACAAUGGGCGCCCUCUACUGGCAACUAAAUGACAUCUGGCAAGCUCCAACCUGGGCCUCCAUAGACUACAGUGGGCGGUGGAAGAUGCUGCAUUACUAUGCCCUGAAAUUCUUCAACCCCUUGCUAGUGUCUCCAGUUUUGGUUGGAAACAAUCUGCAGGUCCAUAUAGUGGCAGAUGAAAUACCCAUCAUGGAGGUUCAGGACCCCUCAACCCAUCAGCUGAGGUUUGAGCCUGUAACUCUGUACAGUGAUCUUGUUUACUCAGAGGUUGAUCGUGAUGAUGUUCCUAACCUCCUGAGUAAGACAGUGCAUGCAGUUGAGGGGUUGCUCACAGUGGAGAUAUAUUCAUGGAAGAAGUUUCAGCCACUUGCUUCAUGGAGUGUUUCGUACAAGCUGAACACAACAGCAGAAGUGGUGUUCGAGAGAGAUGUAAACAGUAUGCUGACGGAGGCUGGCUGCAAGAACACUGAAUGUUUUCUCUUUGUUUACAUCAACAACCAAAUCGAUGGCACUAAUAACUGGCUAUCUUUUGCGGACAUCAAAGACUCCAGUGUGCAGAAAGCACAGAUUGCAAUAACUGAUGUGACACAGGUAUCAGAACAUGAAUUUACAAUCACUCUUGCAAGCAACUCCAUUGCUCCUUUUGUCUGGCUGGAAGCAGGGGAUACCAUGGGUCGUUUUUCAGACAACGGGUUUCUGAUGAUGCAACCAAAGGUGUCUGUACAGUUCUAUGCUUGGCAAGACGUGGACUUGCAUUCUCUGCGCAGUGCCCUGUCUGUUAAAUCUGUUAUGGAUAUCUACAGCUAGUUCUAAUGAUGGAACAGUUUGUGUCUGUUUGCUAAGACUGCUUGUGAACUCAGUUCUUCUUCUUUGAGGAUAUUUCAUUUUCUUGAUAAGUGGUGUAUCUCUCAGGAUGUAAACAGAGGCAGUUGUUAAAUACAUUUGUUGACAAUGUUAAAUGUUUGAAUGAAAGCUGUGGGGAGUGUGGUAUUAUCUGCCUUUGUGAUCAGGAGUUGCCAUGUCUUUCUGAAAUAGUGAACCUGUUUGCCAGGAUGCAGAUGUUGAAUGUUUGAUCAAGUACGCAGCAGAUGCCUAUGGUAGGCGUUGGGUGCUGCAUUACAGAUUCCUGUCUUGACAUACAGUUCACUCUUCUUUUUGCAUUCCACUCUUUAACCCUUAUAGCACUGCAUAUAUAUAUAUUACAACAAUGAAUAAGACAGCGAGUGAUGUUUGUUUUUAUUAUUGCUGCUCUUGGGUAAAACAUUAGGCCAAGAAAGCCUAUGUAUUUUUGUAAAGGAGAAAGCUUGAGCUUUGCAAUAAAAGUAAUGAAAACUGCCUUUCCCAUGCUUCUCACCAUGAUAGAGCCUUAAUUGCUAGCAUGGCAUAAAACAUAACCAUCCCCAUGCUUCCCUGGCAAAGCCACCGUCUAGGCUCACGGUGCUAUAAGGGUUAAGAAUGAAUGUUACAAUGUCCAUUUAUCCUCAAUAUGUUAUAUACCAUCAUCUUAUGUAUACAGCUUAGAUUCACAUUGCUUCUGCAUGAUUUUUAGCAAUGCCAUAAAUCUGGUUAAUUUACAGGUGCUCUUCAUGUGUACUGGGUUAAAAUGGUCAUGUUACAUAUUUUCUCAAUGCAUCUAAUGCAUUCUGUGCUUGGGGCUAUAAAAUAAAUGCAUAUAUAUUUUCA